AUGACCGACUUUCAAGCAAACAAGGCAACUAAUCUUCUCUUCAUCGACCAUGACGUUCCCUCAUCAACAGCGGCUUCAGCAUCAACCACUCCCACCGACCCUUCUGUAGCGGAUCCGCUCGCCGCUAUGGGAGCUGGUAUCAAACCGCCCCCUCCUCAGACCAACGGUACUGUAAGCCCUCCUGUUCCUCCUCCUUUUUCAAGACUCGGCAAACUCGCCAAUGUCGAGACGAAACUACCUGAUGUACAUUCUGAGCCACAUGAAUACUAUGGAGGUGCGGAGGCUGGCGUCGCUGGAACCACUAAAAGACGUCCCCCUCAAAUGGGUGGUGAGAAUAUUUCCAGAAACCGACGAUUAUCUCAUGCCAGUUCCAAUGCUCACAAGACAUUUGACAUUCGAGGAACCUAUAUGCUCUCCAACCUCCUGCAAGAAUUAGCUCUCGCCCGAGACUAUGGCAGAAAACGUAUCGUGCUCGAUGAAGCUCGUCUUGCUGAAAACCCGGUCGAUCGACUCUCCCGAAUGAUCAAGAAUUCUUUCUGGAACGCUCUCACCAGACGAAUCGAUGCUGAAGGCCUCGAGGUUGCUUGCGCUGAUCCAAAGAAUCGAAGCCAACACUCCAAAGCUCGAAUCUACAUUCCACAUGGUGAAGAGGAGAUGGCUGCACACUACCGUGAAAUCUUGAAUGAUAAACCCGGUAUUUUGGCUUUGGCAAUGGAUCGCAAAGUCGACGCAAAUGGAAAGGUCAAGCUGGAAGCUCUUCCUUUCAUUGUACCUGGAGCACGGUUCAACGAGAAAUACGGAUGGGAUAGUUACCUGGCCCGAUCGCAACCACCGUUCCUCACCGAUCUCGCUCUACAAAUCUACAAUCAGCUCGACCGAUCUCAAAAGGAAGAGAACAAAUCAUGGUUGAAGCGAGUCAUUCAAGCUGCUAUCAAAGAAUACCACUCGUAUUGGAUGUCCACACCAUCAAUUGAUCCUAUUUCUGGACUUUCCCGAUACCGACCUGCUGGUCUUGGUAUCCCACCAGAAACCGAAGCUACCCACUUCACUCAUAUCCUGCAGCCAUUUGCUCAGAAACUUGGUAUCUCUGUCAACGAGUAUAUAGAGGGAUAUAAUAAUUUUAGCAUUCAAGAGCCUGAGCUUGACGAGUACUUCUUGCACGACCGAGGAUACGAAAUGGAUAUCGGCUCUGCGAUUGAAGUGGCUUUCGAUGGCGAACUGGAGCUGGAAGAAGAAUUCCCUCUCUCACCUUGGCCAGUCACUCCUGAAGCAUUCGAGCCUGGAGCCCACAGAGAUAUAUCAACGUCUGUCACACAGACGGCCGCACACUGGAAAGAGCGUGCAUACAAAAGGAUAGAGAUCAUGGACGAGUACUGUUGGAAUGAAGGGCAUGGCAUGUACUUUGACUACGACACUAAAGCGAAGAAACAAGCUCGAUACGAGUCUGUUACCACUCUUUGGCCAUUAUGGGCAGGAUGUGCUAGUGAGCACCAGGCGUUGAGACUUGUCAACUCCGCCCUUCCCAAAUUUGAAGUAGCGGGAGGUCUUGUAUCCGGUACAGAGGAAUCUCGAGGUAUAAUCUCGUUAGACAGGCCAAAUCGACAAUGGGAUUACCCAUAUGCUUGGCCACCUCAUCAAAUCAUGGCUUGGGUUGGUCUUGAGAGAUACGGUUUCCUCGAUGACGCUGCCCGAUUGGCUUAUCGAUGGAUAUAUAUGAUGACGCUUUCCUUUGUGGAUUUUAACGGUAUCGUCCCAGAGAAAUUCGAUGCUGUAGAGCUCAGUCACAUGGUUGAUGCGGAAUACUUACCUGUUGAUGUUUCAGCUGCCUACCAAAUCGGUCUGCAAUGUCUGUCUACCGGUAUGCGAAGAGCUGUUGCCAAUUGUGUCCCCCCUUGGGUAUUCUUCAAUCUGUCCGCGCCAGACUUCUCCUCUGCCCGUAAGCGAAGAGCUGAACGAGAAGCGCGAGAAGCAGAAGCUGCUGCUUCGGGCCAUGGUGGUGCCCCUAAACUUGAAGUUCACUUCGACCCUCCUUCUUUGGAGGAGGCAGUGGCUCAACUCAAGCUUGAACUCGGUCCCAAAUAA